CCUAAAUAUCAGGCACUGUGCUGUUAACUUUAUUUUGUGAUUCAGUUUCCUGUCUGCCAGUUCCACCUGUGACUGUAGCUAAAGUAUGAGUCUCUGUUUGCUUUCUUCACUAGCUCUCCCUCCCCUUCAACCUGUGCCAAGAAGGCAGCAUGAUUAAGUACAAUAUUAAAAAGCCUCUGUGCCUCACAAGCCUAGUUCAGAGCACACCCAAGCCAACUAGAUUUGAGCACACAGCAGAGUGUGCGCCACAUUGCGGGGUUGUUUGUGUCCAAGGGGGUCCAACCUGACAGCUCAACACCAUGAACUGGGCCUUCCUCGAGGGGCUCCUCAGCGGGGUCAACAAGUACUCCACUGCGUUUGGUCGCAUCUGGCUCGCCAUCGUUUUCAUCUUCAGACUUUUGGUCUUUCUGGUGGCCUGCGAGAAGGUCUGGGGGGACGAGCAGAAGGACUUUGACUGCAACACCCGUCAGCCCGGUUGUCAGAAUGUCUGCUACGACCACUACUACCCCAUCUCCUACACCAGACUAUGGGCUCUCCAGCUGAUCUUUGUCACUUGUCCAUCCCUCCUCGUGACUCUCCAUGUGUCCUACAGAAAUGACCGGGAGCGCAAACACAAACUGAAGUAUGGAGAAGACUGCGUCCCUCUGUAUGAUAACACCGGGAAGAAACGAGGGGGGCUGUGGUGGACAUACUUCUUCAGUCUGCUGUUCAAGAUAACAGUGGACGCCGUGUUUGUCUUCCUGCUUUUCUACAUCUACGAAGCCGCCUUUUUCCCUCCAUUGGUGAAGUGCACUGAAGAUCCAUGUCCCAAUGUGGUGGACUGCUACAUUGCUAGGCCCACUGAGAAGAAAAUAUUCACCGUCUUUAUGGUGGUGACCAGCUUCGUAUGCAUAUUUCUUACCCUUUGCGAGGUCUUCUACCUGUGCGGAAAGAGGUUCUGGGAGUGCUGCUGCGGAGGAUCCCGCUCCCUCAGGGGGGACUCCUUCAUGAUGACCAGAACCCCUCUGACUGGGAAGGAAAACUCUGUGUACAACGAGCCCGUCCUGGACAAGAAGCCCAAGGUGGACGACAACAUACAAUCAAGCAACGAGACUUCAGCCCCACCGUACACAUUAGUGGUCACCUGAGAGACGUAAUGAGCUUCAGAAUAAAUCUUAGCAAGAAUUAUCCGCAAAUGCUGAAAUAACAAGAAAUGCUUGUAAAUAUAGGUCAUGUCACUUUUUUAAAGCAAUUUUACAUUCAAACUAUUUUGUGUUUUUGUCCUUUAAUUUUAUUGUGCUUAAUGGAUAUCUGCUGCUUUGUAAUAAACCUUUAAUCUGAAAUGAUUGAUACUGAGCAGAAAUGAUUUAUUUUGAUGACAUGAUUAUGUGUUAUCUAUUUCUAUCAUACAUGGAAGAAAAUUGUGCAUUGUGAGCAUUCACAAACUGGAAUUAGUCAUAAACAGAGAAUGAAACACUAGCAUUAGAACCAUGUUAAAGUUCUGAAACCACACUUACUGAACAUAUGUAAUGUAAUAAAAAGAUUUUUUUAAAUCAU